AACUCGUUCGUACAACACUUGGUAGAAAACCUGCUUUAGGAAAAGCUAUCGAGGAUGAGCUAGUUCGAUACUGUCUCGAUAUGGAUAAUAGGUUUUUUGGUCUGCGAAGAUCUGAUGUAAAACGCAUGGCCUUCGAGUUGGCAAUUGCUAAUAAUAUCCAGCACCCAUUUUCACAGGAAAAAGGCGUUGCAGGAAAAAAAUGGCUUAGAGGAUUUUUCAAACGUAAUCCCCAGCUGUCUGUUAGGUCACCUCAAGGCAUGUCCAAUGCCAGAAUACGGGGAUUCAAUCAAGAAAGCGUUGCUUCAUUCUUCGAUUUGUACGAAAAGGAAUUAUCGAAAAUCAAUUUUGCACCACAAAGGUUGUUUAACGUGGAUGAGACAGGGAUUAGUGUGGUGCAACAUAAAAGAAGUAAGGUCAUUUCUGCUAAAGUUGCAUAUAACAGAGCAGCCACUAUGGAGGUUUCGGUGAACUCGUUUAGAACAACGGGACUAUUUCCGCUUAAUAGAAAUAUUUUCCGAGAUCAUGACUUCUCAGUGUUCGAAGUUGAGGAGAAAUUAACAGUCCCUGAAGAUACUGGGGGAACUUCCAAAGAUUCUAGCGAUAUUGAGGAUGCCGCAGAUGAUCCACGGCCGGGAAAUUCAAAAGAGUCCAAUGAUCAGGGGGCUGUAAAUAGUUCUCGUAAAGCCGUCAAAUACCUUUCAGAACCUACAAAGCUUGUCAGUCCAGUGCAGAUAAAACCUCUUCCCAAAAUAAAGAGCAAGAAGCCCAGUGCUCGUGCAGGCAGUGCAGCAUUGAUUACCUCAUCUCCUUACAAAGAUGAUUUAACAGAAAGUUUGGAUAAGAAACGUAAAAGGAAGAUUCCGCAAAACAUAGCAAAGUUACAUCAGUUACAAAGAAGGUUAAGUUUGACGAUGCAAGGGAAGCAAAGUUUCGCAAACCAAAAAGUACUAAACGGUUUAAAAGAAGAGGGCCGAUUUAAGUGA